AUGGAUUUCUCAGUACUCUACAUUUACCUCCUAAUUCUGCAAUGCACAUUCAUCAGCAUUUCUUCAACAGUCCAGGCACUUCCUCGCUGUUCCCCAAAGCUCUUCAGAGAAUAUAUUGGCGCAGAGGGAAAGAGUGUCACUUUUUCAGAUGUACCAAUUAACUCUAAUGUGGAGUUCCACUUCAUUCUAUCAUUUGCUAUUGACUACACAAAUGCAUCCAAUCCACUUCUAACUGAUGGCAACUUCAAUGUCUUUUGGGACACAGAAAACCUCACUCCUUCAGCAGUUUCUCAAAUUAAGGCCCAGCAUCCUAAUGUAAAAGUGGCAAUGAGUCUGGCGGGAGAUACCGCUGCCAAAGGUGUCAAUGCCUCCUUUAAGCCCAGAUCAAUCAACUCUUGGGUUAGUAAUGCCAUAAAUUCAGUAACUAAGAUAGUGAAAGAGUAUAACCUGGACGGUAUAGAUAUUGACUAUGAACACUUUCUAGCUGAUCCUGAUACAUUUGCCGAGUGCAUUGGGAGACUUUUGUUUCAUCUUAAAGAAAACAAGAUUGUAUCCUUCACAUCAAUAGCACCAUUUGAAGAGGAUGCAGUCCAAGCACAUUAUUUGGCACUGUGGCAAAAAUAUGGGCACCUCAUUGACUAUGUUAACUUCCAAUUUUAUGCCUAUGAUCGCGGUACUAGUGUUUCCCAAUUUCUACAGUAUUUUGAAACUCAAAGUGAGAACUACAGAGGUGGAAAGAUUCUGGUGAGUUUUGGUACGGAUGGCAGUGGAGGUCUGACACCGGAGAAUGGGUUCUUCCGUGCUAGCAGCUUCUUAAAGCGUGAAGGAAAACUUCAUGGUAUCUUUAUCUGGUCUGCUGAUAAUUCAAAGAAGGAAAAAUUUCGAUAUGAAAAGCAAUCACAGGAUCUUCUCGCCACCUGA